UGUUCCGUCCCAAUCAUUGUAAACAGGCGGAGGCUGGGCGGGGUGGGAAUGGGGCGCCCGAAGCUGGGCAGGGGCGCUGCGCAGGCGGUGGCCGCGUGAGCGGGAGGAAGCGGUGGCCGGCGGACGGGCGGUCGCGCAGCAGCAGGCACAGGUGUAAUGGACAGGUGACAGAGACCUCUCCCCCUCCAUCAGCAUGACCGAGUGCUUCCUGCCUCCCACCAGCAGCCCCGGUGAACACCGCCGGGCAGAGCAUGGCAGCGGACUGACCCGCACCCCCAGCUCGGAGGAGAUCAGCCCCACCAAGUUCCCAGGACUGUACCGCACAAGCGAGCCCUCCCCUCCCCAUGACAUCCUCCACGAGCCUCCCGACAUCGUAUCUGAUGACGAGAAAGACCAUGGCAAGAAAAAAGGAAAGUUUAAGAAAAAGGAAAAAAGGACUGAAGGCUAUGCCGCCUUUCAGGAAGAUAGCUCCGGGGAUGAAGCUGAAAGCCCUUCUAAAAUGAAGAGGUCCAAGGGAAUCCAUGUUUUCAAGAAGCCCAGCUUUUCUAAAAAGAAGGAGAAGGAUUUUAAGAUAAAAGAGAAACCCAAAGAAGAAAAGCACAAAGAAGAAAAACAUAAGGAGAAGAAGUCAAAAGACUUGACAGCUGCUGAUGUUGUGAAACAGUGGAAGGAGAAGAAGAAAAAGAAGAAGCCGACUCAGGAGCCAGAGGUGCCUCAGGUGGACGUUCCCAGCCUCAAGCCCAUUUUUGGGAUUCCCUUGGUGGAAGCCGUGGAGCGGACCAUGAUGUACGACGGCCUGCGGCUGCCGGCCGUGUUCCGGGAGUGCAUAGACCACGUGGAGAAGUACGGCAUGAAGUGUGAGGGCAUCUACAGAGUGUCAGGAAUUAAAUCCAAGGUAGAUGAGCUCAAAGCAGCCUAUGACCGGGAGGAGUCUCCAAACUUGGAAGAGUAUGAGCCCAACACAGUAGCCAGUCUGCUGAAGCAGUAUUUGCGAGAGCUUCCAGAGAACCUGCUUACCAAAGAGUUAAUGGCCCGGUUUGAAGACGCCUGUGGGAGGGCCACAGAGAGCGAGAAAGUGCAGGAGUUCCAGCGCCUGCUGCGAGAGCUGCCGGAAUGUAACCACCUUCUGAUUUCCUGGCUCAUCGUGCACAUGGACCAUGUGAUUGCCAAGGAGCUGGAAACCAAGAUGAACAUCCAGAACAUCUCCAUAGUGCUCAGCCCAACUGUCCAGAUCAGCAAUCGUGUCCUGUAUGUGCUGUUCACACACGUGCAAGAGCUCUUUGGGAAUGUGGUCCUGAAGCCAGUGACGAAACCUCUGCGGUGGUCCAACAUGGCCACGAUGCCCACACUGCCAGAGACCCAGGCGGGCAUCAAGGAGGAGAUCAGGAGACAGGAGUUUCUUUUGAAUUGUUUACAUCGAGAUCUGCAGGGCGGAAUAAAGGAUUUGUCUAAAGAAGAGAGAUUAUGGGAAGUACAAAGAAUUUUGACAGCCCUCAAAAGAAAAUUGAGAGAAGCUAAAAGACAAGAGUGUGAAACCAAGAUUGCACAAGAGAUAGCCAGCCUUUCAAAAGAGGAUGUUUCCAAAGAAGAAAUGAAUGAAAAUGAGGAAGUUAUAAAUAUUCUGCUUGCCCAGGAGAAUGAGAUCCUGACCGAGCAGGAGGAGCUGCUGGCCAUGGAGCAGUUCCUGCGGCGCCAGAUCGCCUCCGAGAAGGAAGAGAUCGAGCGCCUGCGGGCGGAGAUCGCCGAGAUCCAGAGCCGUCAGCAGCACGGUCGGAGCGAAACCGAGGAGUACUCCUCAGACAGCGAGAGCGAGAGCGAAGACGAGGAGGAGCUGCAGGUCAUCCUGGAAGACUUGCAGAGGCAGAAUGAAGAGCUGGAAAUAAAGAACAACCACCUCAACCAGGCCAUCCACGAGGAGCGCGAGGCCAUCAUCGAGCUGCGUGUCCAGCUGCGGCUGCUGCAGCUCCAGCGUGCCAAGGCCGAGCCGCAGGCUCCCGAGGACGAGGAGCCUGAGUGGCGUGGGGCUGCCGGCCAGCCGCCCCGGGACAGCGGCCCCGAGACCAAAGCCGCCAAAGAGCAGCCCCAGGCCGGCAAGGAGGCAGCCAAGCCAUCCCCGAGCAAGGACAGGAAGGAGACGCCCAUCUGAGCAGCCAGCGGGCCGACCGUGCAUC